AAUCCUACCCUAAAAUGGCUCAACUGGUGGGUCCUGACGAGAUAGAAUCUUUGCGAAUUGAGUUAGCGCAGAUCGGAAGGAGCACCAGGUCCUCCUUCAGAAGUCAUGCGUCAAGUUUCCGUAGUGUGAUUUGUGCACAUCAAAGUAAAGGUGACGAUGACGAUGAUGAUGAUGAUGAAUAUGCGUUGCAAUGGGCUGCAGUUCAGAGAUUACCGACGUUCGAGCGGAUUACUACUGCUUUGUUUGACGACAAGGAAGAGAAUGGAACGUCAGGCAAUGGAAAUAUCAAAGGGAAACGGGUUGUUAAUGUUACCAAACUUGGAGCUGAUGAGCGACACAUGUUCGUAGAGAAGCUCAUCAAACAAAUCGAAAAUGAUAACCUGCGGUUGUUGCAGAAACUCAGAGACAGAAUUGACAAGGUAGGGGUAAAGUUGCCAACUGUGGAAGUAAGAUAUAAGAAUCUCUAUGUCGAAGCAGAAUGCCAGUUAGUUCAUGGCAAGCCUCUUCCCACUCUCUGGAACGCCACUAAAAGCAUGCUUUCAGGUUUGAUCAAUCUGUUUGGUUCAAAACAAGAAGUCAAGAUAAACAUCCUAAAAGAUGUCAGCGGCAUCAUUAAACCAGGAAGAAUGACUUUAUUGCUUGGCCCUCCAGGAUGUGGCAAAAGCACAUUACUGCUGGCGCUUUCUGGGAAACUAAGCCAUUCUCUUAAGGUAGCAGGGGAAAUAACUUACAAUGGUUUCAGACUAGAAGAAUUUGUUCCUUGGAAAACCUCCGCUUAUAUAAGCCAAUAUGAUCUGCAUACCCCAGAGAUGACAGUUAGGGAAGUACUAGAUUUUUCUGCACGAUUUCAGGGAAUAGGAAGUCGAGCUGAAAUCAUAAAAGAAGUCAGCAGAAGAGAGAAGCAGGCGGGAAUAGUCCCUGAUCCUGACAUAGAUGCUUACAUGAAGGCAAUAUCAGUUGAAGGUCAGGAAAGUACUCUCCAAACAGAUUAUAUUUUAAAGAUUCUUGGACUAGACAUCUGCGCUGACACCAUGGUUGGGGAUACCAUAAGAAGAGGUAUCUCAGGUGGUCAAAAGAAAAGAUUGACAACAGGCGAGAUUAUCGUGGGGCCAACAAAAGCUUUGUUCAUGGAUGAAAUAUCAAAUGGCCUAGACAGUUCAACCACUUUCCAAAUCGUGUCCUACCUUCAGCAUCUGGUGCAUAUUAAUGAUGCUACUGCAUUGAUAUCACUUCUUCAGCCUGCUCCGGAGACGUUUGAUCUCUUUGACGAUGUUAUUCUGAUGGCGGAAGGGAAAACUGUGUAUCAAGGCCCACGCACUUACAUUUGCAAAUUCUUUGAGGACUGUGGAUUUAAGUGUCCGGAAAGAAAGGGCAUCGCUGACUUCCUUCAGGAGGUAAUCUCAAGAAAAGAUCAAGCGCAGUAUUGGUUCUAUAAAGAGCAACCUUACAGUUAUGUUUCUGUUGACCAGUUCAUAAAAAGAUUCAAAGAAUGUCAUAUUGGCCAGAAUUUAGAUGAGGAGCUCUCAAAACCAUUUCACAAGUCUCAAAGCCACAGAAAUGCUCUAUCCUUCAAAUCAUACUCCCUGAAUAAAUGGGAGCUGUUUAAAGCUUGCUCAAUGAAAGAAUUACUUCUAAUGAAGAGAAAUUCUUUUACUUACGUGUUUAAAGCUGUACAGCUUGUCAUAAUUGCUUCAAUAACAAUGACAGUUUUCCUGCGCACUCGAAUGGCUGUUGAUGCCAUCCAUUCAAGUUAUUUUAUGGGUUCUUUGUUUUAUGCCCUUGUGAUACUUCUUGUUGACGGGUUUCCAGAAUUGAGCAUGACUGUUUCAAGAAUUGCAGUAUUCUACAAGCAGAGAGAGUUGUGCUUCUACCCUGCUUGGGCUUAUGCGAUUCCUGCAGCAAUCCUAAAAUUUCCACUUUCACUUUUGGAGUCCUUUGUGUGGACGUCUAUGACUUAUUAUGUCAUAGGCUACAGCCCUGAGGUUGGAAGGUUCUUCCGCCAAUUCCUUCUAUAUUUUGGUGUGCACCUAGCAUCAAUAUCCAUGUUUCGUUGUAUUGCCUCGCUGUUCCAAACUAUAGUUGCUUCCACAACAGUUGGUGCUUUGGCCAUUAUGAUUAUUUUACUGUUCGGUGGCUUCAUUCUCCCGAGACCAUCUCUGCCUAGUUGGCUGGAAUGGGGAUUUUGGCUUUCUCCUUUGACGUAUGGUGAGAUAGGCCUAACUGUGAAUGAAUUUCUUGCUCCUCGGUGGGAAAAGGUAAUGUCUGGAAAUACAAGCUUAGGGCAACAAACUCUAGAAAGUCGAGGAUUGGGCUUUGAUAGCUACUUUUACUGGAUAUCAAUUGCAGCAUUAUUUGGGUUCAUGCUAUUUUUCAAUGUUGGUUUUACCUUUGCUUUGACUUUCUUGCAGCCUCCAGGAAAGUCUCAGGCUAUUAUUUCUUUUGAAAAGUACUCUCAACUACACAGAAAUAAAGAAGACAAAGAUAGUUUACAAGACGAAAGUAAACCCACCGUUGAUCAACUUACUGCUGUUAUUUGCAAUUACACAGGACAAAUGGCUUUACCUUUUGAGCCGUUAACAUUAACGUUUCAGGAUGUGCAGUACUAUGUAGACACCCCAUUGGAAAUGAAAGAACGAGGUUAUAAGCAUAAAAAGCUACAGCUUCUCUCCGACAUUACUGGUGCAUUCAGGCCAGGUGUUUUGACAGCAUUGAUGGGUGUCAGUGGAGCAGGGAAAACAACUCUUAUGGAUGUUCUUUCUGGAAGGAAAACUGGUGGUUUUAUUGAAGGAGAUAUUAGAAUUGGUGGGUACCCAAAGGCUCAAGAUACAUUUGCAAGGGUAUCAGGUUACUGUGAGCAAAAUGAUAUAAACUCUCCUCUAAUCACUGUGGAAGAAUCACUAGUAUAUUCUGCUUCCUUGCGCCUUCCAUCUCAGAUUGAUUCAAAAACUAAGGCUGAAUUUGUUAAUAAGGUUAUCGAAACUAUAGAGCUUGAUGGGGUAAGAGAUACUUUAGUAGGCAUACCAGGAGUCAAUGGGUUAUCAACUGAGCAGCGGAAAAGGCUGACCAUAGCUGUGGAGCUUGUCGCCAAUCCAUCUAUCAUAUUUAUGGAUGAGCCUACUUCAGGAUUAGACGCAAGAGCGGCUGCAAUUGUAAUGAGAGCAGUGAAAAAUGUUGUUGAAAUGGGAAGGACAGUUGUUUGCACCAUCCACCAACCAAGUAUUGACAUAUUUGAGGCAUUUGAUGAGUUGAUUUUGAUGAAAACUGGGGGACGGAUUAUCUAUUCUGGCCCGCUGGGUGAAAGCUCCAGCAGGGUUAUUGAAUACUUUCAGAAUGUCCCUGGAGUGCCCAAGAUUAAAGAUAACUAUAAUCCAGCAACAUGGAUGUUGGAAGUUACUACUAAAUCAAUAGAGGCUGGAAUUGGUAUAGAUUUUGCGCAAAUUUAUGAGGGCUCAACCUUGUAUAAGGAAAAUAAGGAGUUGAUUAAGCGGUUGAGCUCACCGACUCCUGGUUCAACAGAUUUAUAUUUUCCGACUCGCUUCCCUCAGAAUGGUUGGGAACAGUUCAAAGCAUGCCUGUGGAAACAGUUUUUGUCUUAUUGGAGAAGUCCUUCUUACAAUUUGACGCGCAUCAUUUUUAUGUCUGCCUCGUCUCUGCUGUUUGGCAUACUAUUCUGGCAGCAAGGAAAGAAAAUAAAUAACCAACAAGACCUGUUCAAUAUAGUUGGUUCGAUGUAUGCUGCCAUAAUUUUCUUUGGCAUAAACAAUUGUUCAACAGUUCUACCACUUGUUGCAACAGAGCGUGCAGUUUUUUACCGGGAAAGAUUUGCAGGAAUGUACUCUUCAUGGGCCUAUUCAAUGGCGCAGGUGCUUGUUGAGAUUCCAUACUUGUUUACCCUAGCAAUUAUUUAUAUCGUCAUCACAUAUCCAAUGAUCGGCUACUAUUGGUCGACCUAUAAAAUAUUUUGGUCAUUCUACAGCAUGUUUUGUUCGCUGCUAUACUUCAACUACUUGGGGAUGAUGCUGGUGUCACUGACUCCAAAUAUUCAAGUGGCGUCCAUUGUGGCAUCAUCUACCUACACGAUGAUGAAUUUGUUUUCUGGAUUCAUACUACCAAAACCACAAAUACCAAAGUGGUGGCUGUGGCUGUUUUAUUUAUGUCCCACGUCUUGGGCACUUAAUGGCAUGCUUGCUUCGCAGUAUGGAGAUAUUGAAAAAGAAAUAAUGGCUUUUGGAGAAACUAAGACGGUUGCUGCUUUCUUAGAAGAUUACUUUGGUUUUCACCACAAUUUUUUAGGCAUGGUAGCUGUUGUUCUAUUUAUCUUCCCUGUUCUGUUUGCUACCCUUUUUGCUUUCUUUAUUGGAAGACUGAAUUUUCAAAAGAGGUAGGUGUUCUACUUCGACUGCUGGUAUACGAUGGAGUUAAAUGAAUAAUAGUAGUAGAUAUUUUUAUUCACUUUUGUUUCUAUAUAUUGUGUACAUUUAUGGGUCUAUCAAGCUAAACCAGGUGAGAAAAUUACUUUAUGCCAAAAUCAAAUAAGAAAGUCUUAGAGUGGCUGCAGAGUGAAUUAAUUACCAAAACCGAAAGAGUGGGAACAUCCUUCCGCGAAACGUGAAAGCCGAUUACGUCUAUUUUAUGACAUGAAUAACUAUUGCU